GGCGAGUCACUUCCGUCUCCCACGAAAUUGGGAAGUCGGCGAGCCGAGUUGCGGGGAGGUUUUUCUGACGGGAAUUCUCUGUUCGGAAGUUGAGCUUGAGGCCGAGAGGGGUGACAGGCCCCAUCCCAGGAUGGCCGAGUUGGUGGCCCAGGGUCGCCUAUGGCUCGAAAGCCCCCCUGGGGGGGCGCCUCCCAUCUUCUUGCCUUCAGACGGGCAAGCCCUCAUCCUUGGUCGAGGACCCCUGACUCAAAUCACCGACCGGAAGUGCUCGCGAAACCAAGUGGAGCUGGUGGCAGACAGUGAGAACCGGAUGGUGGCGGUGAAACAGCUGGGCGUUAACCCCACCACUGCGGGGACCAAAGAGCUGAACCCCGGGUUGGAAGGCGCUCUGGCUGUGGGCGACACGCUGUAUUUGGUCAACGGCCUCCACCCCCUGACCCUGCGCUGGGAAGAGGCCGGCACGCCGGAGUCCCAGCCCGACACUCCGCCAGGUACCCCGCCAGAGACCACAGUCCAGGAAGAUGGGGCACAACCACAGCCAAAGCGGGUGCGGAAGUCCUCCUCAGGCUGGGAGACCUUCGAGAAGCUUCUGGUGUUCACAGCGCCAGGAGUGAAGGCCCGGGGCAAGGUGGCCAGCUUCGAUCUGGAUGGGACUCUCAUCACCACCCGCUCUGGAAAGGUCUUUCCCACCGACACUCGGGACUGGAAGAUCUUAUACCCAGAGAUUCCAAAGAAGCUUCAGGAGCUGGAAGCUGAGGGUUACAAGCUGGUGAUCUUCACCAACCAGAUGGGCAUCGGGCGAGGGAAGCUGUCAGCAGAGGACUUCAAGGCCAAGAUGGAAGCUGUGCUAGAGAAGCUGGGGGUCUCUUUCCAGGUUUUGGUGGCCACACAUACGGGUUUGUACCGGAAGCCGGUGGUUGGCAUGUGGGAGCAUCUACAGGAGCAGGCCAACGAGGGUGUGCCCAUCUCCAUCGGGGACAGCCACUUCGUGGGAGACGCAGCCGGUCGUCCCGCCAACUGGGCCCCCGGGCGGAAGAAGAAAGACUUCUCGUGUGCAGAUCGCCUGUUCGCCCUCAACCUCGGCCUGCCCUUCUCCACGCCCGAGGAGUUCUUUCUCAAGUGGCCCGCUGCCCGCUUCGAGCUCCCGGCCUUCGACCCGAGGACUGUCACCUCCUCAGGGCCGCUCUGGCUCCCGGACUCCAACUCCCUCCUGAGCUCCGACCCGGAGGUGGUGGUCGCCGUGGGAUUUCCUGGGGCUGGGAAGUCCACGUUCCUCCAGGAGCACCUGGUGUCGGCCGGAUACAUCCACGUCAACAGGGACACGCUGGGCUCGUGGCAGCGCUGCGUGAGCCUGUGCGAGACCUCCCUGAAGCGGCGGCAGCGCGUCGUGGUGGACAACACAAACGCAGACGUCGCCAGCCGGGCCAGGUACACCAAGUGCGCCCAAGAUGCUGGAGUCCCCUGCCGCUGCUUCCUCUUCACUGCCACCCUGGAGCAGGCGCGCCACAACAACCGCUUCCGAGAGAUGACCGGCUCCCAGCAUGCACCUGUGACCGACAUGGUCAUGUUCAGCUACAGGAAGCAGUUCCAGGAGCCGACGCUGGCCGAGGGCUUCACGCAGGUGCUGCAGAUCCCGUUCUGGCUGCACCUGGCACCGGACCUCGAGCGCCUGUACAGGCAGUUCUCCGAGGGCUGAGCCCUUCCGCUGCAAUAAAGUGAAUUAUUUUCC